AUGCGAGCCCACGCUACUCUGGCCCUUCUCUUGACGGCCCUCGUCGGCCAGGUCGUCGGCCAGGAUGCUGAAAAGGUCAUGGACAACCCUCCUGGAGUGCCCUUCAAGGCCACACUCCCCAAGCAGCGCUUCUUCAAGGAUGCAGAGCUCGAAGGCAACGCCAAGGGCUCCAUCCUCGCUGUGGCAACCGACAGCGGAAAUGGCGUCAAGUUCAAGGUCAAGUUCAGCAACCUCCCCAAGGAGGGUGGCCCCUUCACCUAUCACCUCCACGCUGCACCCGUCCCUGAGGACGGCAACUGUACCGAGACGCUGGCUCACCUCGAUCCUUAUGAGCGCGGCGCCGAGACUCCCUGCGAUGCCAAGGACCCUGCAUCUUGCGAGGUCGGUGACCUGAGCGGCAAGCACGGCAAGAUCGCCAGCGACCCCUUUGAAGCCGAGUACAUCGACUACUACGCCUCAACAAAGGAGGGCAUCGGUGCCUUCUUUGGAAACCGCUCUUUUGUGCUGCACUAUGCCAACAAGACCCGCCUGACGUGCGCCAACUUUGUCUCUCAGAUCGAGGCUCCCGCGACCAACGAGUCUUACUCUGCUCCCCACUACCUGCCAACUCCGACAGAGACUGUCAACCCGGCUACUGAGACACCCAGCUCCAGCCCCCAGACACCCUCAGGUUCAGGCACACAGGCGCCUGAGCCCUCUUCCAGCGAGACCGGCGGGUCGUCUACCACCCCGAACGCAGCCUCAACAUUGGCCCUGCCUGUCCACUUGGCCCUGGCUGGUGUCAUUGCUCUUGCCUUGGCACUAUGA